UGGAUUGUUGGUUUUUUUUUAAGAAGUACGCGCGCCCCGGUGAGAGGAGGAGGAGGAGGUGGUGGUGCCGGGGGAUGUGGAGUCGGGCAGUGAGAGAGCCUUCUUCGUCUGCCCCUGCACAUCUCUCGUCCGUCCCUCCUGGCGAGCACGGAGCGUUGCGAGUGAUCGUUGCAGAGCGAGAACACGCACCCGGCACCCCGUGGCGCAGGCUUCAAUGCAGCGGAGAAGUCACGAGGGCGCAAGGGCACUGAUCAGUUGGGUUACCACAUCCGCAUAGCCGCACUCGCCGCAUUUCAAGAUGCUCCAGAAAGGUGUUUUCUAAAGACGUGGAGUGUAAAUUAAGAACAUGAGAUUGACGCCUCCCCUUAAAUCACAAGUGGCAAGCAUUUCACAUCGGAGGAGGAGGAGGCUUGAAGACAUGCAAAUCUGCUUGGCUCAGGUCCCAUAUCCUGGUGAAUAAAGUGGCCAGCCAGUUCAAGGACGCAGCGUGGAAGCAGACACACCACGAUGGAUAUCAUCGAAUUUCUGAACGUGCGGAACAUGUCCAGGUUUUAUCAGUCUAACUGGAGUGAAAUGCCUCAGCUUGACCUGGAUCAUUGCCAGACACCACAGGCAGUCAGAUCGUUUGUGAUCGCCACCUACUGUGUGCUCAUAGCCCUGGGGCUACUGGGAAACUCGUUGCUUGUGCUGGUCAUUCUGCGUCACAGCGAGCUUCACAAUGUGACAAACAUCCUCAUCGUCAACUUGGCGUUCUCUGACAUGCUGGUCGGCCUCGUGUGCCUGCCCCUCACCAUCGCCUACACACUCAUGGACCACUGGAUCUUUGGAGAGGCGCUCUGCAAGGGCAGCCCCUUCCUGCAGUGCUCGGCCGUGAGUGUGUCCAUCUUCUCGCUGGUGCUCAUCGCCAUAGAGAGGCACCAGCUCAUCAUCAAUCCCACCGGCUGGAAGCCCAGCCUCAACCAUGCCUACGUAGCCAUUGGUGCCAUCUGGGUGACAGCUUUUGCAAUGUCCUCUCCAUUCCUUGCAUUCCAUGUGCUCACCGACGAGCCAUACCGCAACCUGUCACACUAUUUCCCAGACUAUGGCGAGAAGGUGGCGUGCAUUGAGUUGUGGCCCUCGGACACCUCCAAGUUCGCAUUCACCACCAGCCUGCUGGUGUUUCAGUUCAGCUGCCCGCUGCUCUUUGUCUUCCUCUGCUACCUGAGGAUAUUCCUGAGACUGCGGCAGCGCAAGAAGAUGCUGCCACCAGGAAGGGAGGGCGGGGGCAACGGAGUGAGGGCCUCGCACAUGAAAAAGAUUAAUAUGAUGCUGGUGGCCAUAGUUGCAGGGUUUGCCAUCUGCUGGCUGCCACUCUAUGCCUUCAAUGCCGUUUCUGACUGGAACCCAACUUUACUGCUUCACUGCCAACAUGAUCUCAUCUUCUCGCUGUGUCAUCUGACAGCCAUGCUCUCCAUCUGUAUAAAUCCAAUAUUCUAUGGGUUUCUCAACAAUAACUUUCAGAAGGAGCUCAAGGCUACAAUACUGCGCUGCAAGUGCAACCCCGUGGAAGAUGACUUUGAGAACUACCCCCUCUCCACAAUGAACACGGACAUUUCAAAGGGGUCAUUGCGUUUCAGCUGCAAAAACAGCUCUGCAUAAAAGCAUAUAUAUAUGGGUAUCCCUCGAUUUUCGAAGGGGUGUGUUCUUCAAUAAACACGUGUAAAACUAAAUUUCGUAAAUCCGAAUGGCUUUUCCCAUUAAUUUAAACUUAAAAUAAAGGAUGUGUUUCGGACAGUCUUUCCAACUCUACUCCUCACCGAAAAUUAUACACAUAUAUCACUUAUCACAAUACAAUGUUUGUUUUGAUAAUUGGUUUUUUAGAUGACGCCAAAAGGCGCACCUUUUGGCGUCAUCUGGUCCAACCCAUGUGAGACUAGGCUCUAAGGAAAGCUGUCUCGGGUGUGGACCAAUCAACUUCAAGGACUGUGCACAUUAUCAGAGUUAUGUCUUUUGUUUGUAUUAUGACUGCAGGUAUUGCGGUCUAUGCAAACAUGACUCCUUGUAAAAAGGUGUCAGUUUUGUUGCCAGAUAGAAGGGUAAAAAACCAAUUAUCAUAUUUUUACUGGCAAAUGAGGUUCCCAUAAUGUUUGUUUUAUGAAGGACAUAACUAUUACAACGAUUGAAUAACGGGUCUCAAACAACAACAAAAAGUACCUUUUCAGGGAACUCGCAAAAAGAGCUGCAUUUUAAAAUGACUGGAAAGUGGCCGUCCAUAAAUGACGUCACGCACCUGGGGGGGGGUAGGUCAGACAU